AUGUGGACAUUUCAGGCAGACAGACUGAGUGGAAUUGUCUCUGCUUUAGCAGCUCUUUGUCUCGCCUGCUGUGCGCAAAGCCCAUCCACUGGGAAUAUUUCUGUGGUGAAAGAGAUUGUGGACAAACUGCUGAAGGGCUAUGACGUCCGCCUCAGGCCUGACUUUGGAGGUAACCCUGUUACAGUGGGCAUGAGCAUCCAUAUCUCCAGCAUUGACCAGAUCUCUGAAGUCAACAUGGACUACACCAUCACCAUGUACUUCCAGCAGAGCUGGCGGGACAAACGCCUGGCGUAUAACGACCUUCCUCUCAACCUGACCCUCGACAACCGGGUGGCUGACCAGUUGUGGCUGCCUGACACCUAUUUCCUGAAUGAUAAGAAGUCCUUUCUGCAUGGGGUGACAGUGAAGAAUCGCAUGAUUCGGCUCCAUCCUGAUGGGACUGUCCUGUAUGGCCUGAGGAUCACCACCACGGCCGCUUGCAUGAUGGACCUGCGGAGGUACCCCCUGGACCAGCAGAACUGCACGCUGGAGAUCGAGAGCUAUGGUUACACGGUUGAUGACAUUGUCUUCUUCUGGCAAGGAAAUGAUUCUGCUGUCACGGGGAUGGAAGUGCUAGAACUGCCCCAGUUCACCAUUAUUGAGCAGAGGCUCGUCAGCAGGGAAGUGGUCUUCACCACCGGUUCAUAUCUGCGGUUAUCCUUGAGUUUCCGGAUUAAGAGGAACAUUGGUUACUUCAUCCUGCAGACUUACAUGCCAUCUAUUCUCAUCACCAUCCUGUCCUGGGUCUCCUUCUGGAUCAAUUACGAUGCUUCUGCUGCACGAGUGGCACUGGGGGUCACCACGGUACUUACAAUGACUACCAUCAACACUCAUCUGCGGGAGACUCUCCCCAAGAUCCCUUACGUCAAGGCUAUUGAUGUUUAUCUCAUGGGCUGCUUCGUCUUUGUGUUCCUGGCACUCCUGGAGUAUGCUUUUGUCAACUACAUAUUCUUCGGGCGAGGCCCCCGGCAGCAAAAGAAACAGAGUGAACGGAUCAGCAAGGCCAACAAUGAGCGCCACCGUUAUGAGGAGAAGAGGGUGAGAGAGCAGGUUGACCCUUAUGGUAACAUCCUCCUCAGCACUCUGGAGAUGAACAACGAGCUGCUGGCCACAGACAUGAUGAGCAGCGUUGGCGACUCUCGAAACUCUGUCAUGUCCUUUGAAGGCUCAGGAAUCCAGUUCCGCAAGCAGCUGGCCUCUCGGGAUGGAUUUGGUCACCACCCAACCCUAGACCGCCACGUCCCACUGACCCACCAUGCUGCAGCCCGCAACCGUGCCAACUGCCGUCUCCGCCGGCGGUCAUCUAAGCUGAAGCUCAAAAUCCCAGACCUGACAGACGUCAGCACCAUUGACAAGUGGUCACGAAUCAUUUUUCCAAUCACCUUUGGAUUCUUCAACCUUGUUUACUGGUUGUACUAUGUAAAUUGA